AGUGAAAUAAGUGAAACUUGAGUCAAUUUGGCCAGAAGCAUCAUUAAGGUGAUUGUCUCAACCCCCUCAAGGAUGACUGUCUUAAAACAGUAAAUCAGGAUAUGGAUAAUCAACCUAAAGCCACCACCAUCUUUGGAAAAGGAACUGAGAAGUCACAUGGUAGGGCAGCCAUAUUCUGGUCAAUAACUCAUGGCUGUGCGCUGAUUUAAACUAAAGCUCAGUGGAAUCACAGAAGAAAUCUUAACAUUCCCUUUUCGGUCUUGUUUGAUCUCCCAAGUACUGAAGAUGGCACUAAACAUGCAAACUUUGAUGUUAUAUUUGCUGUGUUGGGCCAAGUGGAGCUCAUCAAUGGAGAUUCCAGAAGAGGCUUUUGUUCAAGAAAGAAUUCAGCAGCCUCCAACUAUAACAAAGCAAUCGCCUAAGAGGCACGUUGUAUACCCAACAGACGAUUUCAUUAUCAAAUGUGAAGCCAGAGGAAAUCCAGCACCUCACUUUACAUGGACUAAGGAUGGCAAAGAAUAUGACCCAUCACAGGAUCCCAGAGUGAUCACAACAAUAAACUCAGGAACAUUCACAAUCAAAAACAGCAAUGGAAAUUUGAAGAAUUUUCAGGGAAGAUAUCGUUGUUAUGCCAGCAAUGACCUGGGGGUAGCAAUAUCUGAGGAAAUUGUCUUUAUUACUGCAACUAUCCCUAGAUUUCCAAAAGAGAGUACAAAGCAUAUUGAAGUUGAGGAAGGGGAUCCUGUGGUGUUACCAUGUAAUCCUCCCAGUGGGCCACCUCCAUUAAAUAUUUAUUGGAUGACCAGCAAGAUACAACGCAUACAGCAGAACAGCAGAGCUUCCCAGGGGCUUAAUGGAGAUCUUUACUUUUCAAAUGUUCAAUCAAGUGAUAGCCGGAAUGACUACCUUUGUUUUGCACAUUUUUCCAGAACAAGAACAAUUGCACAGAAAGAACCCAUUAGCCUGAUUGUGAUACCAUUUGCUCUUCCCAAUGACACAGAGUCACCUGUCAAUGACAUUGGUUUGUCUGCUGCAAAUUCAAUAAAGGACCGAGAGCCAAGGUUUCUGACACCUUCUGGCAGCAGCUCAAAGAUUACGGCACUGCGAGGUGAAACACUUCAAUUGGAAUGUAUUGCUGAAGGCCUCCCCACACCGCAAAUCUCCUGGACUAAGAUAGAUGGUGAUAUGCCGAAACAUAAAGCAACAGAAGAGAACUUCAACAAGACUUUGAAAAUAAUUAAUGUGACAGAACUUGAUGAUGGAAAGUAUCAGUGCAAAGCUGAAAAUGCAUUUGGUGCAGUGAAACAUGCCUUUUCUGUUACAGUGGAAGCUGCCCCUUACUGGAUUAAAAAACCCAGAAGUAAAGUAUAUUUUUCUGAGGAAAAUGCUGAAUUAGAAUGUGAAGUAGGUGGUCAGCCACAACCACGAGUUCAAUGGAAAGUGAAUGGGAAACCUUUGAACGAGUCAAAACCUGCCAUUAAUCGCAAGGUUUCUCAAGGUGUUAUCACUCUCACAAAUCUGCAGCUGAACGACAGUGUCAUCUAUCAGUGUGAAGCUUCCAAUGAGCAUGGAUCCAUUCUUGCCAACGCGAUUGUCAAUGUCCUGAAUCUUGCACCAAUGAUGCUGACCCCUGAUGAUCAGAAGUAUAUUGCAGUUGAAGGAAAAAUAGCUCAUCUGCACUGUAAAGUAUUUGGCUCUCCUUCACCUACAGUAUUUUGGUUAAAGGAAGACAUGGAAACUGCACUUGAGGGCCAGAAUUAUUUUGUGCAUAAAAAUGGCACUUUGGAAAUAAAGGAUGUCCAGCGGGAAGAUGGAGGAUUCUAUACUUGUUGGGCAACUAAUAUAUUAGGCAAUGGCACUACAACCAGUAUGUUAGAAGUCAGGGUUGCUACAGAAAUAGUGUUUCCACCUGAGGAUUUGAUGGUACAGAAGUCUGCACUGGCACAGUUUAAAUGUCAUGCUGAAUAUGACUCAGCUUUCGAAAAUGACUUUGAGUUAUCAUGGAAAAAGGAUGGAGACGAAAUUUACAGUGACCAAACAGAGGAUGACAGAAUAGUUAUGGAUGGUGAUAUCCUUCGAAUUAUUGAUGUAAGUGAAGAUGAUGAAGGGAUGUACACCUGUGUCGCAAGAACCUCCUUGGAUGCUGUUACAGCAGAUGCAAAACUUGUUGUCCUCGAUGCUCCAGAGUCACCAGAAGAUUUGGAAUUGACUAGCCUGCAAAACAGGAAUGUUAGAUUAGACUGGAAGCCUGGAAAUAGCCAUAACAGUCCCAUAAUUGAGUUUAUUGUGGAGGAAACUACAUUUGAACCUGAAAGGUGGCAUGAAAAGACAAGCGUUUUUGGGAAUACAACUUCAGUUAUACUGCAGCUUUCCCCAUAUGUGACUUACCAGUUUCGUAUAUUAGCUCGGAAUGAAGUAGGCAAAAGUCAUCCCAGUGUGCCUUCGGAAAAGCACACAACAACAUCAGCAGUUCCAGAAAAGAAUCCAAAAAACGUAAAAGGAGAAGGAACAAAUAUUGACAAUAUGAAAAUUUCAUGGGAGCCACUGAAACCCAUUGACUGGAAUGGACCUGGUAUGAAAUACAAAGUUAGCUGGAGACGUCAAGGAGCUAACACAACAUGGAAUGAGCAAAUAGUCAAGAAGCAUCACCAUUUUGUUAUGAAUACCUCAACAUUCAUACCUUAUGACAUCAAGGUGCAAGCAUUAAAUGAUAUUGGACCAGGCCCUGAUCCAAAGAUAAUAACAGGAUAUUCAGGAGAGGAUAUUCCUGAAGCUGCACCUUUGAACGUUGCUGUUGAAAUCAUGAACAGUACUUUAAUUAAAGUUACAUGGUCAGAAGUACCAAAAGAGAAAAUUCGAGGCCACCUGGAAGGCUAUAAGAUUGUCUACUGGAAAAUAAAAAGUUUAUUGGAGAGGAGAAAACGAUAUGUUGAGAAACAUGUCCUUACUUUUAAUGGACAACGCAGUCAUGGAAUGGUUCCAGGUCUAGAACCCUACAGUGAAUAUGGUCUGAUUGUGAUGGUCUUUAAUAGAAAAGGCGAUGGGCCACAAAGUGGUUCCAUUCAUUUCAAGACCCCAGAAGGAGUCCCUGAGCAACCUGCUUUUCUGCAAAUUGCAAACUUUGCUAAAAACUCUGUGACUCUGAUGUGGGGACCUCCGACAAAACCUAAUGGCAUUCUUACCGGUUAUUUGCUUAAGUACCAAUUGAUUAAUGACACAGAAGAAAUUGGUGCCUUGAAUACUAUUAAUGUUACAGAUCCUGAUACAACCAAGAUAGUAGUGUCUGAUCUGGACACCAGCAGUAAAUAUAAGUUUUACCUGAAUGCUUACACUCAAGCUGGACCUGGGAAACUUAUUACAGAAGAAGGAACAACAGUUAUGGAAGGAGUUCCGGUCUUGCUGAACAUCGGUUCUUCUGUAAGUGCAACAUAUGCAAACAUCAGCUGGAUUCCAGGAAUGGGACAUGCAGCUUCUGAAUUUUAUGUUGCAUACAUGAAUAACCGUAAAGGUAAAUGGAAGAUUUCAGACGCAGUAAAUGUUUCACAAAAUUUCCACAUCUUAGAAGGGCUAGAACCUGGAACUGAAUAUACAAUCCGUCUUAUGGCUAAGAACUGGUUUGAUAACACUAGCAUUUUUGAAGAUGUUAUAGAAACAAGGGGAAAAGGAAUUCGCGGAGGAAUAUCGACACAAGGAUGGUUUAUUGGCCUGAUGUGUGCUGUUGCUCUCCUUACCUUGAUUUUACUAAUUGCUUGUUUCAUAAAGAGAAACAAAGGAGGAAAAUAUUCUGUUAAAGAUAAAGAAGAUGCUCGUGCAGAUCCAGAGGCCCAACCAAUGAAAGAAGAAACAUUUGGAGAAUAUGGAUCUUUGGAAAGUGAUAAUGAAGACAAACCUUUGAAAGAAAGCCAGCAGUCACUGAAUGAGGCAAUGAAGCCAACAGGAAGUGAUGACAGUUUGGCAGAAUAUGAAGAAGGUGGAUCGGAAGGACAGUUUAAUGAAGAUGGUUCAUUCAUUGGACAGUACAGUGGCAAUAAAGAGAAAGAUGCAGCAGAUGAAAAUGGAAGUUCAAUAGCCACUUCUCCGAUGAAAGCAUGAGUUACAUGUUCAUAAACUUCACUUACUUCCUUAAUAAAUUGGUGAUCAACUGAACAUUUGUUAUGUUUGAAUUAGCUCAGAUUGCCAACAGGCUUCAAAAAGAAAAUGUAAUGGACCUUAAGGAAUGCUUAUCUAAUGUACAAUAUUUGAUCAAGAUUAAGAUGCAUGGACAUUUUGUUGCAGUCCACCUUUCAUUCUAAGGGAUAUGUUGAGCAAAAUCCAUGUUAAAUACAGGUGUCUGCCAGUUCAUAACAGAAAUGGCUUCUAGUUGCUGUCAUGGUAAUAACUUAUAAUCAUUUAAAUCCUUGCUGUUGUUAGCAGAUUUGAGCCCCUAUAGUUACAAUUUGUUUAAGUGGUUUGUGCCCUACAUGUUUAGAAAUUAAGAACUUGCAGGAUUGCGAUUGAUAGCAUAUGUGAACUUGAGACCAACGCCUGGUGCACUGAUGCCUCUUAAUACAAUGAGUAAGGCAGCUGAAGGGACCAAGAAUUUUAUUCAUGUUUUUUACCCAAUAGAAGAUCUCACAGAAUACUAUAGUUACAUUUUGCAAAUUAAGAUUUGUAGUCACAGGAGGAAAGUGAUAAAUUAGAUAUUUUCAUACAGAGCUCUGUCCAGCAAACAGGUUCAUAAUGCUUCUUUCAGUUUAAAGUGAUAACUUCCAGCGGGAAUCUGAUUUGAAAAUGAAUAUUAUUAAUGAACGCCAUGCAGAGGAUGAAGAAAUGUAUGUUUAAAAUGGACACAUAAUUGUUUAGCUGGCAGCUAUGGAAUGGCUGAGUUGUCAGAACUAUAAAUCAUUGUAUAAAUGGUACUAUCAUUAGGCACACAUAAAACUGUACAAUCCCCAUGUCUUAUUUUUCUUCAAAUAUGCUCUUUACCCAAAGUCCCGCAUUAAAAAAUGUAUUCAGUCAUUUUAUUUAGUUAUUUUCAAGGCAAAACAGUACAGUGUACAUUUUUGUAAUUAGGAAUACUUUUAGAAUUUGGGUAAGAACUGCUGAAAAGUAAUUUUCAGCAAAUCAACAAUGUUUUUAAAACAAUAUUCCUGCUACAAAUUCUGGAUGAGCACCUUGAAGCAUUACUUCUGUGAAUUCACAGCCUAAGUGUCAUUAAGAAGUAACUAAGUGUGUGAUUUAUAUUGUGAAUAAAAUAUGUAAAACAUAGCUCCAUGCUAUUGAACUAAAUAAACUACAUGUUUCCACCUCAGAAAAUUCAUAUACUUCGAAGAAUUGGAGGUUCAAUUUUUUUAUUAGUGAAUAAUUGUGAAGUUAUCGUACUUGUGUCAAAGUUUUUAUUACUCUAGUUCCAAUAAGUCUUAUUUUUGUUUCUUGCCUAAUAGUGCAUGGUAAAGUUUUAUUUUAAAGGAUUUCAAAUUGCAACAUUUUUGUAAAAAGGACAAAUAAUAUUUAUAUUAACAAAUUGGAGUAUUUGCCAACAUCUGCAACUGUUGCAAAAAACUUUACAGUACUUACAAUGGCAAAAAGCUGACCAUCUUAAUACAAUACAUCAAAUGUUUGAAAUUCAUUUUUUGCAGUAGUCUGGUUUGUAAGGAAAGAAAUGGAAUUAGAUCUUUUGGUUGGUAAAAGUCUAAAGGAAUUGUAUUUUUUCGUUAGCCUUAUUAAGUGUGCAAGUCAUACAGAGUGCACAUUUACAAUUUUUAAAAGUGUGGCAACAUUUUUAAGCUUUGGUUCAUACUUGGCUGUGCAUCAUUCUCUUAGCUUCUUUCAUCAGGAUGAAUUAUAUUCUUAGAACUGUUCUUUUAUUUGUGUAGCUAACAUAUUUACUGCAAAUGCAUCAUUUAGUAUUUGUAAAUGACAGACCUUAAUCAUGCCAAGAUUUGUAAGAAACAGUAUUCUACUAAUGAUCAGAUUCAAUAAAAUUACUCCCAAUGCAAAGCUGUUUCUGUAUUUUCUGCAGUAAGGAAGUAGGUUUGUAGUUUGGCAUGCUUGUUUUAAAAAUUUUGAUGAACCAAAGUAUAAUUUCUGAUAUGUAGCCUUAUGUUUGUAUGGUCUAUUUCAUUUUAUUACACCUUUGGACUGAAAUGCUGCACAAUUGGCAGAAUGGCCAUCACGCGCAAAAAAGUAAUUUUAUUGCCAGCUCACACUCUGAAGCACAAAAUAUGAGAACAUGUAUUUGCUUUUAAAAUAAACUUGAUCCCAAGGGUAUAAUAAACCAAAUACUGACUGCAGUUUUCAAGACAUUUGUGAACUAUUGCUCCUCAAGUUGCAGAGGUUAUGUUCAGUAUGCAUGAUCUUAUUAGCUUCUGCCCCUUUUUGACAGGCUUGAUCACUCUGUAGCUAUUGGCUCAAUAUUUUACCAAUAUAGUCUUCAAUCCGCAAUCAGUAACUAAGUAUCAUUUUAUGUCUUCUCAAAAGAAAAUUCGAAAACUUGUAUCAAGUUUAACAGAACAAUUUUCAUAAUUUGUUAUGCUUUCACAGAUAUUGUAAAAUCCCCCAAGAAUAACUGUUAACUUAUUUACCUUGUAGUGGUGUGAUGUUAUUAAAAAAUCUGUAUGAAUAUAUAGUACUUGCAGUCACUGUAUUAGUUAGAAAGCUUAAAUCAUACCAUUUGAUAAUGAAUGUACUCUAUAGUAUAUGACAUUUUAAAAAAUAAUCAGAUACCCCUUCAGGUGAUACAAUGAUGUGUUUUCACUUUUAAAAAAAAGUCAUGUCUGGUUUGCAAAUUCAUGUUUUCUACCUGUGUAUCAUUCUUGUAUAAUAUGAGAUCAUCAUGGAAUGUUUCAACUACUAAUAUGUGUUGUGUAAAUGAUCUUGUGAUCUUUCAGAAAUGGAUGCUUGUCUUAUUAAACACAAUAACAAUG